AUGGCAGACCCGGCGGAGUGCACUAUUAAGGUGAUGUGUCGCUUUAGGCCACUAAACAACUCAGAAGUGGCCCGGGGAGACAAGUACAUCCCCAAAUUUGUGGGGGAGGACUGUGUGCAAAUAGCGGGUAAACCAUACUAUUUUGAUCGUGUGUUCCAGUCUAACACAACUCAGGUGCAGUUCUACAACGCUGUAGCUCAGAAGAUAGUCAAAGAUGUGCUGGAAGGAUACAAUGGAACUAUUUUUGCUUACGGGCAGACAUCAUCUGGCAAAACACACACAAUGGAGGGGAAGCUUCAUGACCCUGAAAUGAUGGGGAUCAUUCCUAGAAUUGUCCAAGACAUCUUUAACUACAUCUAUUCCAUGGAUGAGAAUCUGGAGUUUCAUAUCAAAGUUUCAUAUUUUGAAAUCUAUUUGGACAAAAUUAGAGACUUGUUGGAUGUAUCAAAGACCAACCUUUCUGUACACGAGGACAAACACAGAGUGCCUUUUGUCAAGGGGUGUACCGAGCGUUUUGUGUGCAGCCCUGAGGAGGUCAUGGACGCCAUAGACGAAGGCAAAAGCAACAGACAUGUGGCUGUCACAAACAUGAAUGAGCACAGCUCCAGGAGUCACAGCAUCUUCCUCAUCAACAUCAAGCAGGAAAACACACAGACUGAGCAGAAACUCACUGGCAAGCUGUACCUCGUCGAUCUAGCUGGCAGUGAAAAGGUGGGUAAAACUGGAGCAGAGGGCACAGUUCUGGAUGAAGCAAAGAUGAUCAACAAGUCCUUGUCGUCAUUGGGUAACGUGAUCUCAGCUCUGGCGGAGGGCUCGAGCUACGUGCCAUACAGAGACAGUAAAAUGACGAGGAUCCUUCAGGACUCCCUGGGAGGGAACUGUCGGACCACCAUGGUCAUCUGCUGCUCACCUUCCUCUUUCAAUGAUUCAGAGACCAGGUCUACAUUGCUGUUUGGACAGAGAGCAAAGACCAUCAAGAACACAGUGUGUCUGAAUGUGGAACUGACUGCGGAGCAGUGGAAGAACAAGUGGGAAAAAGAGAAGGAAAAAAACAAGUCACUGAGAAACACCAUCACUUGGCUGGAGAAUGAGCUCAACCGAUGGAGGAGUGGAGAGAAUGUUCCAGUGGAGGAGCAGUUUGACAAAGAAAAGGCUAAAGCUGAGGUGCUGGCUCUGGACAGCACCCUUAACAAUGAAAAGACGGCGCCCAACACACCUCUCAGCACCAUGACUGGAGUCAAUCUGAAAUAUACAGAGAAGGAGCACUAUGAGACAGAAAUGGCCAAACUCUACAAAGAAAUGGAUGACAAGGACGAUGAGAUUAAUCAGCAAUAUCAGCUAGUCGAGAAGUUAAAGCAACAGAUGCUGGACCAGGAGGAGCUAUUAUCCUCCUCUUGCCAUGACCAUAACACCCUACAGACAGAGCUGAACAGGAUGCUUGCUGAGAACGAAGCCUCCAAGGAGGAGGUGAAGGAGGUGCUGCAGGCUUUGGAGGAGCUGGCUGUCAACUACGACCAGAAAAGUCAGGAAGUUGAGGACAAAACAAAAGAGUUUGAGGCUCUCAGCGAGGAACUGAACCAAAAGUCUAGCUGUUUGGCCUCCAUUGACUCUGAGCUUCAGAAGCUGAAAGAGAUAACCAACCACCAGAAAAAACGGGUCACUGAAAUGAUGUCAUCCUUACUUAAAGAUCUGGCUGAGAUCAGCGUUGUGGUGGGAAGCAAUGACCUCAAGCAUCAAGAGAGCAGUGGUCUUAUUGAUGAAGAGUUCACUGCAGCCCGGCUCUACAUUAGCAAGAUGAAGUCUGUGGUAAAGACCAUGGUGAAGCGUAGCAAGCAGCUGGAGAGCACCCAGUCUGAGAGAAGCCAGAGGCUGGAUGAGACUGAAAAAGAGCUGACUGCCUGCCAGCUUUGCAUUUCUCAGUAUGAAGCUAAAAUCAAGUCCCUGACAGACUGCCUGCAGAAUGUGGAGCAGAAGAAAAGACAGUUGGAGGAAAAUGUGGACCUUCUAAAUGAAGAAAUAGUCCGGAUCAAAGCUCAAGAAAAAGUCAACACCAUGGAGAAGGAGAAUGAGAUCCAGUCUGCUAAUGAAGUGAAGGAGGCGGUGGAGAAGCAGAUCCAGACUCACAGAGAGGCCCAUCAGAAGCAGAUCAGUAGUCUGAGAGACGAGCUGGAAAACAAAGAAAAGGUUGUCACUGAGCUGCAAGAUUUGAGCCAGAAGGUCAUGCUGGAGCAGGAGAGGCUAAGAGUGGAGCAUGAGAAGCUGAAGGCUGCUGACCAGGAGAAGAGCCGCCAGCUGCAAGAGCUCACAGUGCUGCAGGACAGACGGGAACAGGCCAAGCAGGACUUGAAAGGACUGGAGGAGACUGUGGCUCGAGAGCUGCAGACCCUGCAUAAUUUGAGGGGACUUUUUGUUCAAGAUUUAGCCACUCGAGUCAAAAAGCAUGAUACAGAAUGA